AUAAAGGUAUUCUAACUGUGGAAGCAUUGCGCAUACAAAUCACGGAGGAGGAGAGAGAAAUAAGCAAAAACACGUUGAUAAAACACAGAAAAGACACGAUGCAGAAAGCCAGUCGACAGCUGACCAUUUUGGUAAGCUUGAUAUUCGGAUCCCACGUUCUAUCAGCGACAGCCCAAACGCCGCCUUACUCCAACAACCAAGCUGCGUACGGCCCACAGUACGGCACCACACAGUACAGCGUACAAUCCCCAGCGCACGGUCAGUAUAGCGGGAUACAGGGUGCGUACAACCCUAAUGCGUACUCCAACCAGGUACCGCCGAACCAACAAUAUUACCGUCCAUCAACGCAAGGCCAAGGGGUCCAAUAUACUUUACCCCCUCAGUAUUCAACUGGCACGCAGUACAGAACACCAACUUACGGCGGUACGCAAUAUAUUACGCCCAACCAGUACGGUACGCAAACCCAGUACGCUACGCCUAACCAAUACGGUACGUCUCAGUAUCCACUUCAACUGCAGUACAACUCACAGACAGGGCUUUAUUUGGAUCCUCAAACGGGCAUAUACUACAGACGUCAGUACAACACGCAAACGGGACAGUUUGUAAACGUACCUGUGAAUAGGCAGUAUGGACAGUCCACACCACAGUAUAGUGGACAGUACGGGAGACCAGUCUACUCCGGACAGACAGGGCAGUAUAAUCCACAAUACACUUCCCAAGCUGGACAAUAUAACCCACAGUAUACCAGACCGACAGGACAAUAUAACCCACAAUAUACAACGCAAACAGGACAAUAUAACCCACAAUAUACAACGCCAACAGGACAAUAUAACCCACAGUAUACCAGACCGACAGGACAAUAUAACCCACAAUAUACAACACCAACAGGACAAUAUAACCCACAGUAUACCACACCGACAGGACAAUAUAACCCACAGUAUACCACACCGACAGGACAAUAUAACCCACAGUAUGGUACACGGCCUGGACAAUAUAACCCACAAUACGGUACGCGGCCAGGACCCUACAACCCACCGUUCAACACCCUGCCACCAUUCAUGCCCAACGAUCUGGGAAGUGUCCUGCAGAGACUGGGGACGUUUACUGCCGUCAACCUCAUACAGAGUGCUGGCCUCUACAGCACCAUUGCCAAUAGUCAAGAUCCAUUGACGCUAUUUAUCCCCACGGACGCCGCGUUCAACCGUCUCCCCCAGGAUCUCCUUCAGAAGAUCACCACUAACCGUACAGAGUUAGCCAAACUUCUCUCCUACCACGUGGUCCCCGGGGCGGUCACCUCUCAGGACCUCAGUAACGACCUGGAGGGAGAAUCGGUGGAGGGAAGCAAAGUCAGGAUCAACAUCUACCAAAAUGGAAGGGUUAUUACAGCAAACGGGGCUCCAAUUGUUGCUUUUGACCGCAUGGCAACCAAUGGCGUCAUUCAUGUUAUAGACAAAGUCAUGAUGCCCAUUGGAACCGGAGACGUCUUUGAGGUGGUUGCCAAUGACUUCAACUUUUCCACCUUGGUGUCGGCUUUGUCCAGGACAAAUCUAGUAUUUGCUCUUAAAGAACCGGGUCCAUUUACGUUGUUCGCACCAACAAACGACGCUUUCAACAACCUCCCCCCGGGCCUGCUGAAUGCACUCAUGUCCGACAUGAACGCGCUGACGGAGGUUCUGAAGUACCAUGUGGUAUCAGGCACCGGAUACAGUGCAGGGUUUUCGAAUGGGCAAAUGGUCGACACGAUGGUACCAGGAAAAGCUUCUAGGGUCACCAUAUAUGGUCCCAAUGGCCCAUAUCUGAUCAACAACGUUCCGAUCACAGAGGAGGAUCAGCACGCUAAAAAUGGCGUCGUGCACACCAUAGAACAGGUGAUGAUCCCGCCAAAUUUGUACCUAAACCCAAACCCAGACCCCAUACAACAGUUGCUCAACAUGGUACCCAGUAAGUGAAGCAGGACUGAAAAAGGACGCAUAUUACUUGUAAGAGCUGGGUUUUAAGAUCGAAAUCCAUUUAUUAAUUUAUUUACUUACUUUUGAAAGCAUCAUCCUUUCGAAACUAUGUCAAGUAAAUCAUGACUGGUAGAUUAGAGGCAAAUAUGUCACAAACUUUGUUUUAACCAUAGAAAUAACAUAGGCGUGUGUUCACUCAUAUGUUUAAUGGCUAACAGCACCUAUUUUAACGUAUCUUUCAAAUGAGGUGUUAGAUUUUCUUUUUCAUGUGUCUUAGCGAUAUAUCAAAUUGUUUGUUAUAUGCACAUUUGCGUUUGAAAUAAAAUACUUUGUUUAGUUGAUAA